AGUAUUAGUAUUUAAUCAAAAUUUCCUUUACAGAAUUCAUUUGGUUUCAUACAGUUUUGUGUCACUGUCUUGUGAUUGUUGCUUGAAUGUCUCAGAGGAUCUUUUUCUUGGUAUUAUUUGUACUGCAUUAUAUUGUCAGGCCCUGCUUCUGUAAGGAUUUAUAAAUGUGAUUUAGUUCAUGCAUAAUGCCCACUUGUAGCUUUAUUGAAUCUGUAUAGGAUCAAAGUUGAAGGGCAAGGAGGAGGAUUUUGUGGUUUGGGGGUUUUAGUGGGUUUUUUUUUGUUUUGUGUUUUUAAGACAGGUUUUUUUAUUUAGCUGGUUUAGAGCUUUAGGCUCUAAUCUUGCCUGGGUUCUCAGCUGCUCCUGCAAUACCUACUGAAACUUAAAUAAAAAUGCCAGACAUUUUAUAUAGAUUGCAUUGCAUGGAAUUACAUUUUCUGAAAACAAAGAUUAUUAAAAGUAGAUUAUUAAAAGUCAAGCCCUUUUAAUUAAUAUCAGUGUUCCAGGAUUCUACAUCUGAUGUACCAUUGUAAAGAGCUAGCUUUGUUUCCACUGCAAAACUGGAAACACUUUUCCAAAGGUGAUGUGGAAGAAAACAUUAAAAGAUCCUAGAAAGUCAUGCAUAUUGAGGAAGAAAUUUGUACAUGAAAUUUGCAUCAGAUCUGCCCUGUCAAUAUUCAGUUUCUAAAAUGAAACUGAAAAAGCAGGGUAGGCUGCAGACAAAGAGAGUCUUUCUGCACAGUCCAAAGGAGACACUGGCAUCUGUUGCUCUUGGCUGUUUGGUAGAGAUUGCUGAUUCACUCUGACUUAUGUUAUCCUUACAUGCUAACAGUUAUUUCUGCAAAGGGCUAGUUUACUGUAGCAUAUUUUCAGAUUCUCUUCAGAUAGUGUAAAGCUGGGAUAGAAGUAGAGGGACAACUUCCUUCAUCCAGAUCAUAGAAUCAUAGAGUGGUAGGGGUCAGAAUUGACCUUUAGAGAUCAUCUCAUCCAACCCUUCUGCUAAAGGAGGUCGCACGGGAAUGAGUCCAGUCUCCUCUUUUCCAGAAUAAACAAUCCCAGUUCCCGCAGCCUUUCCUCAUAAUGAAGAUCCUCCAGUCCCCUGAUCAUCUUGGUGGCCCUGUACUGGACUCUCUCCAGAAGUUCUCUGUCCUUCUUGAGCUUGGGAGCCCAGAACUAGACACAGGACUCCAGAUGAGGCCUCACCAAGGCAGCGUAGAGGGGAAGCAGAAUCUCCCUCGACCUGCUGGCCACACUCUUCUUGAUGCAUCCCAGGACGCCAUUGGCUUUCUUGGCCAUGAGGGCACAUUGCUGGCUCAUGUUUAGUGUAUCAUCAACCAGGACUCCCAGGUCUCUCUUUGCAGAGCUGCUCUUCAGCAGGUCAAUCCCAGCCUGUACUGGUGCAUGGGGGGUUGUUCCUUCUCAAAUGCAGGACUCUGCACUUGCCCUUGUUGAAGAUGUUUUCACAUUUUUGGUGACACUCUUAGAUUUACUCUCUCUUCCCCCUUCACAUUUUUGACCAAAAAAAUGUUAAAGAAAAAAAGGUCAUGCAUAUUUUAUCAUGCAGCAUAUUAUGCAAUGUUCUUGUCCAAGACCACUUUAUCCUUUGCUUUUGUCAGUAGUGAAAACUGGGUGAAGAAAGAAACAAGCCACAAAAGUAGGAGCAGCAAGGGGAACACCUUAUUGUGAAGAACACAGUGAAUCUCUCUUUGUUUUCUCCUUUUGUAAGCAGAAAAGGUAGAUGGACUUGUGGUUACAUUCUCCCUGGUAUUUACCCUGUAUAGUAAAUUGUACUUUUAAUUUGUAAAGGUAGAGGUUUAGAAGUUUGACAUUGAAUAGUAGUCUCAGUCACGUUUUUCUGGUUAUUAAUAUAGAAUAAUAUAGGAAAGAGGUGUAACAAUACUGUUCUCUGCAAUUGUUUCUCGCUAUAUAUAAGGUGGCUGAAAAUUUCCUUAAUCCAUCUUUGAGGUUUAAGUACAAUCUUUUCUUAAAUUUUUCUGAUAUUUGGCUAGUAGUAAGAAGAGAACAAGCCAUGAAAUAACAGUGGCGUAACCCAUGGAAGGAAAAGAAAGGUUUAAAUGUUGUUUUGACAGUUUUUGUCUUUAUUUUGAGUCUUCUGCCUUCUGUGUACCUCCUGCAUGCCUACAGGAGACUAGCAGUGGCACUGCCCUUCCCUCCCUGCCAUGUAGUGUGCUACACCAGGUUUACAGGAAGAAAAUUCUAGCUCUUCAGCCCUUGUGAAUUUCUACACGCAGUGUAAACACAUAUGACAGUUACUGUAGAGGCAGUGUUCUACUAACCUCUGAGGAGGGAAGUUGCCAGACUGGGGAAGUGAGAUAAGAGAGCAAGAAAAGAGAGAUGACAGAAUUCAGAAGGAGAGUCCAAAAGAUUUAACUCUUUAAAAUCCAGGUCUUGGGAAAAGCUUCCUGAAAAAUUGCAAGAUGGGCAAUUUAUCUUAAUAGCACGUGGCAACCAGAAGAAGUAACGACGGAUUUUCCUUACAGAAAUAUUUGCUGUGAGACACUCUUUAAUCUUCUGUGAAGGAGGAGAACCUUAUAUUUUCUACCAGGAUAUAACUCUGCUUGAUGAAGCUGUUCAUUGUUAUUUACCUAGAAGAUACAAUUUUUUAAUAGACCUGGAACUCCAGAGCACCCCCUUAGUUGGAGAGGAGAAAGAACUUUGUCAAUGGUCUGACAUUCUUCCAAAGAAGUGCCAAAUUACCACAAGUGUUACAUUAUGUUUCACUGCUGCUUGUGUGCCUGCUUUUUCUGACCUCCAGUGGAUACCAGCAGCAACUGGGUGACUUGUGAGGUGUUUAUUUAGAGGGCUUUGUCACUCUCCUGUUUCAUACAGAGAUUUCUCAAAUGAUAAAAGGCAAAUGCUCUGAACAGAACCAAAACAAACUAAGGCUUGUCUUACAAUGAGAAAUAUGGAAGGUACAGCAACUGCUACUGUCCACCAGAAUGGUGACAUCCAUGGGAAUACCAGUGCACCCAAGCAGAUGGACCCAUUGCUUCGAGUGUACCUUUAUCAUUCUCCUGGGAAGACAGGAGGAGAUUACCUUCAGUUUCCAGCUGGAGAAUAUGUUGCAGAAGAGAUUUGUGCUCUUGCCUGUAAAGCCUGUGGUAUCAUGCCAAUGUAUCAUAACAUGUUUGCACUGAUGAAUGAAGCAGAGAGAAUGUGGUAUCCCCCAAAUCACAUCUUCCACAUAGAUGAAGCAACCAGACUCACCCUGAUUUACCGGAUAAGGUUUUAUUUUCCCCACUGGUAUUGCAAUGGCACCAACAGAGCAUAUCGGUAUGGCAUUCUUCGAGGUGCAGAAAGCCCUGUUCUUGAUGACCUUGUCAUGUCUUAUCUAUUUGCACAGUGGCGAGAUGAUUUUUUGGAAGGAUGGGUGCAGAUGCCUGUUACUCAUGAAACACAAGAGGAAUGCCUUGGAAUGGCUGUUCUGGAUAUGAUGAGAGUGGCCAAAGAAAAGGACCAAACCCCACUGGCUAUUUACAAUUCAAUCAGCUACAAAAUGUUUUUACCUAAAUGCGUGCGAGCAAAAAUCCAAGACUACCACAUUUUGACACGCAAAAGAAUAAGGUAUAGGUUCCGCAAAUUUAUACAACAGUUUGGACAAUGCAAAGCUACUGCCAGAAAUUUGAAACUGAAGUAUCUUAUAAAUCUGGAAACCCUUCAGUCUGCCUUCUAUUCAGAGAUUUUUGAAGUAAAAGAACCUGGUGGAGGUCCUUCUGGAGAGGAAAGUUUUGCAACCAUUGUAAUAACUGGAAAUGGUGGAAUUCAGUGUUCAAGAGGAAAACUGAAAGACUGUGAGACACUGGCAGAGCAGGAUUUACAAACAUACUGUGAUUUUCCUGAUAUCAUUGAUGUCAGCAUUAAACAAGCGAGUCAAGAAGGCUCCAGUGAGAGAAGAAUUGUCACCAUUCACAAACAAGAUAGCAAAAAUCUGGAGGCUGAAUUUCAAUCGUUAAGAGAAGCUCUCUCCUUUGUAUCACUAAUUGAUGGAUAUUACAGAUUAACUGCAGAUGCCCACCAUUAUCUCUGUAAAGAAGUAGCACCACCAUCAGUCCUUGAAAAUAUCCAAAGCAACUGCCAUGGACCAAUUUUCAUGGACUUUGCUAUCAGUAAGCUGAAGAAAGCAGGUAAUCAGACGGGUUUCUACGUUCUUCGUUGCAGUCCUAAAGACUUUAAAAAAUACUUCCUCACUUUUGCUAUAGAGCAUGAGAAUACCACUGAUUAUAAGCACUGCUUAAUUACAAAGAAUGACAAUGGAGAAUAUAAUCUUAGUGGAACCAAGAGAAGUUUUAGUAAUCUUAAGGAUCUGUUGACCUGUUACCAGACAGAAACUGUCCGUUCAGACAACAUAAUUUUCCAGUUCAUCAAAUGCUGUCCUCCGAAACCGAAAGAUAAAUCAAAUCUCCUAGUCUUCAGAAGCAAUAGUGUUUCUGAGGUACCUUCAUCACCCACGCUACAGAGACACAAUAACGUCAACCAGAUGGUCUUUCACAAAAUCAGGAAUGAGGACUUAAUAUUUGAGGAGAGUCUUGGACAAGGCACCUUUACUAAGAUUUUCAAAGGUAUAAGGAAAGAAGUGGGAGACUAUGGCCAGCUCCAUCAAACUGAAGUUCUUUUAAAGGUGCUGGAUAAAGUGCAUAGAAACUACUCUGAGUCCUUCUUUGAGGCAGCAAGUAUGAUGAGUCAGCUUUCUUACAAACAUUUGGUGUUAAAUUACGGAGUCUGCGUAUGUGGAGAGGAAAACAUUCUUGUACAAGAAUAUGUAAAAUUUGGAUCCUUGGACACGUACUUGAAAAAGAACAAAAAUAUUAUCAAUAUCUUGUGGAAGCUGGAAGUAGCCAAACAGCUGGCUUUAGCCAUGCAUUUUCUGGAAGAUAAAGGCCUUGUUCAUGGGAAUGUCUGUGCAAAAAACAUCUUGCUUAUCAGAGAGGAAGACAGGAAGUCUGGAAACCUUCCAUUUAUAAAACUAAGUGACCCUGGCAUCAGUAUUACAGUUUUGCCAAGAGACAUUCUUCUUGAGAGAAUACCGUGGGUUCCACCUGAAUGUAUUGAGAAUCCCAAACAAUUAAGCCUGGCCACAGACAAAUGGAGUUUUGGUACUACUUUGUGGGAAAUCUGCAGUGGAGGAGACAAACCUCUGAGUGCACUAGAUUCUUCAAGAAAACUACAGUUUUAUGAAGAUAGACACCAGCUUCCUGCUCCCAACUGGACAGAACUAGCAAACCUCAUAAACAACUGUAUGGAUUACGAGCCAGAUUUCAGGCCUUCAUUUAGAGCAAUUAUACGUGACCUGAAUAGUUUAUUCACUCCAGAUUAUGAACUAUUGACAGAAAGUGAUAUGUUGCCAAAUAUGAGAAUUGGAGCACUUGGAUUUUCUGGUGCUUUUGAAGAUAGAGACCCAACACAAUUUGAAGAAAGGCAUCUUAAGUUUUUACAACAACUUGGCAAGGGAAAUUUUGGCAGUGUUGAAAUGUGCCGGUAUGACCCGCUGCAGGAUAAUACUGGGGAGGUGGUGGCUGUGAAAAAGCUGCAACAUAGCACAGAGGAGCACCUUCGGGACUUUGAAAGAGAAAUUGAAAUACUUAAAUCUCUGCAGCAUGACAACAUUGUUAAAUACAAAGGGGUGUGCUACAGUGCAGGUCGUAGGAAUCUAAGACUAAUUAUGGAAUAUUUACCAUAUGGAAGUUUACGAGAUUAUCUGCAGAAACACAAAGAGAGGCUGGACCACAAGAAGCUUUUGCUGUAUGCAUCUCAGAUAUGCAAGGGCAUGGAAUAUCUGGGUACAAAAAGAUACGUUCACCGAGAUUUAGCCACAAGAAAUAUCUUAGUGGAGAAUGAGAACAGAGUUAAAAUUGGAGAUUUUGGAUUGACAAAAGUCUUGCCACAAGACAAAGAAUACUACAAAGUGAAAGAACCUGGUGAAAGUCCUAUAUUUUGGUAUGCUCCAGAAUCUCUGACAGAAAGCAAAUUUUCUGUGGCCUCAGAUGUGUGGAGUUUUGGUGUGGUCUUGUAUGAACUUUUCACAUAUAUUGACAAGAGCAAAAGCCCACCAGCCGAAUUCAUGCGCAUGAUUGGCAAUGAUAAACAAGGGCAGAUGAUUGUAUUUCAUUUGAUAGAGCUUUUGAAGAACAAUGGACGACUGCCAAGACCAGAUGAAUGCCCUGAUGAGAUUUAUGCUAUCAUGAAAGAAUGCUGGAAUAAUAAUGUUAACCAGCGCCCCACCUUUAGGGAUCUUGCUCAGCGAGUGGAUCAUAUAAGGGACAACAUGGGUGGAUGAGCAAACUGUGAUUCCUUCAGAGGACAUGUUGAAAUGCAGAACAAAAUGUGCUUGCUCUGCUGUGUAUGAUUGACAUAUGUAUACAUGUGCAUCUUACCUUUGCUGGAAGUAAAAUUUGUGUGGCAAAUAUUCUAUCUCAAUCUGCAUACUAAAGAAUCCUGCUGGUUUUCUUUAUCAGGAUAUAUUUGUUACUAUGAGAACAUAUUGAAAUUCUCAAUAGGGAGAGAAAUUAUUUUUCUAAAUAAAGUAAUCUAAUAUAUGAUCAGACUACAUCACCAUUAUUUGCCUUGUUUGGCGAUGGAAAAAAGAGGUGACUUAAAAUAUGUUGAGAUUAAGAGAUAAAAAGACAAUCUAUUUCCUUGUUGAAAUGAAGGUGCACAGAAAAGACUUGUAGAGAUCUUUUCGCACUGAGUAUAUAAUCACUUGGCACUGUGCUUUGUGUGUUGCACAAGGGCCUGUUGCACAGUUUUAUAAGACUUGCAUUGUUGAUGCAGAAAUUGCUUCUCUGUAUAACAAAACAGAAGUGGUUAUGUAACCCAGAAACUUUCAAUGUGCCUGCCUCAAGCAGUUUUCUGCCAGCAAUAUAUGCAAAGAGAUAUAGUGGGCUGUGCGAUGUACUGUAAGUACUUUGGGGAAAGGGAGCAAAUUCUUCUUAAUCUGGAGAGCCAAUAAACCUGCUCAUCCAAGUGAAAAUUUUAAUUUGAAAUUAAAAAGCAAAUUUGUUAUCCACUUUCUCUUCCUCUUCCUUUGUGGAGUAAUAGAUAUCCUUUACAUAAUUGAAAAUACAAUGAUAACAAGUAGAAAUGAAGCCAUUUUAUACAAGGUGGUGUCUUUAGUUUGUUUCAGAUUAUGAAAAAGCUAAACAUACUGCUUUAAAAUGCUGCUCUUUUAUUCCUUCUGUCUUUGUAAUUUUCAGGCAAUCUGAAGUGUCUUUAUAAAUUUUAAACUUUUUUAACCAGAUUAAAAAUCCAGAAAAUGCCCUCCAUCUCACAGCUCCUCACUUUGCUCUUAAGAUGAUCACCUUCCUUCCAGUACACAAAAAGGAAAGCUUAUGGCCCAGCGUCUGAUGCAGCUGGUCAUAACUGUGUCAAGUCUAUUUUGUAAUGAAGUGACGCAAGUUACCUUGGAUUUCUUUCUGUGGUAACACACAACAUAAGACUAUUUGGGAAGAGGAAUUACAAGAGCAAUUGCUCCACACUCUGCGAGGGGCAAGGACAUCAUCCCCAGUUACAAGUGAAAGGAGAUCAGAGCUACCUGCACAGAUUACUUAUGCUGUACAAUUCAGCUUUUAAAAUGAACCUAACAAAAAUUUAUGGACAAAAUGACUCUUCGGUUUUGCCUCCAGGCAUAAAACUUGGGGAUAAUCUUCUAUCUUAAAAUAGUAAAAGUUGCAGAUUUUGUUUACUUUUAACUCAAAUAAUCUUUUUGUGUUGUUUGUUUUUACUUACUCCUAAGCAUUAUGGUUUGUGAAGUACAAUACUUGUUGUUCUUGGACUUCUUCUGAGAGGAGUUUGAUUAAGGGGAUAUACAACUGACCUGGCAUCCAGAUUUCUAUUUAAAGUGAAAUGUUUGUUUUUAACAUUUGUAGCAAUGAGUGAGUGAAACAGAGGUGUUAGUUUCACUGUGGGGCCUCCUUAAGUUUCAUGGUUAAUAACUACACCCAUCUUACCAUAAGUUUAAGUAUCUCAACUUGAAAAAAUAAACAAAUCCUUACUUAGUGUAACAUAGUGCCAGUAUAGUAAUGUUUUGUACCACUAUGAUGUUUCUCUCCCACAAUCACUGAUGCAAAAUCAUGAUUUUAUAAUAUGUGAGAUUGAUAAGUAGGGAGGGCAGCAUCAGACCUCUUUCUGCCCAUUGCGUUUAACAAUAUUCCUGUUGUUUUUCUUGCCACCAAGCACUUGUAGAUAAUUUUAAAAAACUAAUUUCACAGUCUUUAACCUGCAAAGGAUUUUAAAGUGCUUUGUUCCACUUAAUAUUUGUUUUCUCCAUUUCUAUACCUUGCUCUGAAGAUUUAAAUUUUUGUGCAAAAAAAUGUCUUUGCAUUUGCAGUCUGUUGUGUGUAUGUGAUUUUUCGUAACAAAAGAAGAUAAAGCUUUAAAGCAUUGAAACAUAAAGCAUUUUAGCCAGAUAACAUAUGCAGGAGUUAUGUAAAAUUUGCAGUGUAUAACACUCAGUAGCUAACAGGUUUCCAAUAUAUCGUAGACAAAACAUAAUUUAUGUAAAAAUCUCAGGGAAGUUUGUGUAAUGCAAUGAAGAAAUCUUCCGGUCUGCUAUUUUUUCAAGUGAAUAAAAAUUCUUUUUCUUGUUCUACUACAGUAUGACUGAUUACAUAAUCUAUUUGGUUGUAUAAAUAUAGUGUUGAACUCAAGGAUAA